CGCUGUAGGCCUUGUUCAUCUGAGAUUCGACCUAAAUGGUCGCAGAAGAAGAAGAAAGACACGUGCUUCCUGUUUCCACCACCUUCUCUCUGUAGUGGAAAUAGUCUGUCUAAAGAUUAAUUUGUAUUACAGCGAAACGUGUUAAAAUGGUCCGUAAAUUAAAGUACCAUGAACAGAAGCUGCUGAAGAAGGUUGACUUCAUCAACUGGGAGGUGGACAACAACCUGCACGAGGUCAAAGUGUUGCGGAAGUAUCAUAUCGAGAAGAGGGAGGACUACACGAAGUACAAUAAGCUGAGUCGAAACAUCAGAGAACUGACCCAGAAAAUCAGAGACCUGGAUGAGAAAGAUGGCUUCAGAGCUCAGAGUUCACAUCAAUUGCUUGAAAAACUGUACAGCAUCGGUCUCACCCCCACCAAACAGAACCUGUCCCUCACAGAGAAAGUCACAGCUUCUUCAUUCUGCAGAAGGAGGCUGCCCAGCAUCAUGCUCAACCUGCGUAUGGCUCAGAACCUGAAGACAGCCAUCACAUUCAUCGAACAAGGACAUGUGCGUGUUGGCCCAGAAGUGAUUACAGACCCAGCAUUUCUAGUCACAAGAAAUAUGGAGGAUUUUGUCACAUGGGUGGACUCUUCAAAGAUCAAGCAGCACGUCAUGAAUUAUAAUGAAGAGAGGGACGACUUUGAUCUGGUGAUGUGAGCCUGUCGCGUGAACAUCCAUUCAUCACCCCAGGCGGACAGGAGAUAGUGACAUGAAGUCUGCUCUCAUACCUGUGACGUGAGAACUUAAGAACCAGAGGAGAAGUGAUUGAAUCUCCUCCAAAGUUGUAAUUGAAGGGAGGGAAUAACCAAAGGUUUGAGCUGAGCGAGGAGAGAAGAAAGAACAUCUCACCUUUUCCUCCUAAGACUUCUUGUUUCUCACAAAACCCUCCUAAUAAGAAUCUCAUCUAUCAGCUGAACAUCCAUGUAUUCACAAUAUCUGAUCCAGGAGGUCAGAUGAUUGCUGGACUUCCAUAACUUGCUCCAGCAGAGGUUAUGUUCACAGCCUUGGGUGUGAAUUGACUGUAGGUCUCUUUCACUCUCUUUUCCUGACUCAACUUCCUCAUGAGGAACGUUGAUUCUCUGGGGAGGGAAAAGUAUCCGAAUGUCACUGUAUCAAUCUGUGCAGUAAGACAAACUGUAUCAUCGAGUCUUCCUCUUCUUGUUUUUCAGUUUGCUGCAUUCAUUUACAAAUGAACGCAGGAGUUUUCUGAAACAUCCCUUUUUUGCUUUAAUUAAUAGAAGCGGUUUCUUGUCUUAGAUUUUGCUGAGCCAGCUUUUGCAAAGUAAGUAAUACAGGUUUCUGCAUAGGUGUACAGUUUCAGUCACCUUGUUAACCUAAAAUCCUGCCUUGUAGUAAAAGCUCUGCUCAACCGCCAGUGACAGAAAAUCAGAGUCUCCGUUUGUCCUCAUUCCUCCAGCCGGGUCCUUUCAUCACGUACCACCAUCACACUGACAGGAAAGAGCAGCUCAGUGAGCCGUGCUGUGGGAAACUGUUCCUUCUUCUGCAGCUCCACCUUGUUUGCUCUUCAUCGUGUGUUCUUUGUGUGAGCAUCAGGUGCUAAUGUGUUUGUAAAUACUGGUUUUACAUGUAUGUUUACCAUAUAAAGAACAGACCCUGUCUGCUCAUGACAGAAAAGUCAUAAAUCCAGAUGUACAACAGAAACUGAUUUCAUAAAUAUUUACUCUUUUCACCCAAACUUCUUUAUAAUGUAAACGUAGAACAAUAAACGUUCAUUUUUCACAA